AUGGGGCCGGCCUGGUUCCCCCUCCUCUUGCUGCUGCCAGGCGGGCAGGGAGAGGCCUGUGACCCUGAGGAAUGCUGCUUCAGGGCCCUCCCAUACCCUGAGGAGGAGUCAGGUCAGACAGUCCCUGUUGUGUGUUGGGAGCUGGCACCCCCUGCUCCUCCCUCCACCCCAGGCCUGGGGUCUGAGGAGUCGUGCGUGGGGAGGGGCUACGGGACCCCAGCAGGUUCUGAGCCAGGCCCUAGAGAUCUGAGCUGCUACCGGCUGCCAGGGGCUGGGUUCGAGUGUAUCUGGGACUAUGAGGGGCCGAGGCAGGGGGUCAACCACUUCCUGCGCUGCUGCAUCGGACCCCGGCGCUGCUGCUACUUCGAGGCGGGCGAGGCCACGCGGGUCCAGUUCUCCGACCAGGCCGAGGUGCCAGUCCGCCGUGCUGUGUCCUUCUGGGUGGAGUCCCGAGGUGCCGGGGGCACUCGGAGGACCCCAAGGGUGAACGUGACCCUCAGCAGAUGGGUCAAAUACGACCCUCCCCAGGGGCCCAUCGUCGUGUCCAGGCGCGCGGGGCGGCUGCUGGCCCAGUGGGUGGCCACGGCCGGCCAGGGCGACGCGCGCGUGCAGUUCCAGCAGCGACCAGCAGGUGGCUACUGGGUGUUGGGUGACUGCGACGAGCAGGACGCACCCGGCUCCCCGGACACCUUGGAUGAGUCCUGCCUCUGGCCGCUGGAGGACGGAGUCAUUCGAGAGUUCCAGUUCCGAAGACGCCGGGGCCGGGUGGAUCCUGGGGGGCCUUGGAGCAGCUGGAGCAGCCCCGUGUGCAGCCCCCUGGAUACCCCUGCGCUGCCGCAGCUGAAUGUGUCCCUGGGGCUGCUGGGCCAGGAUGGGAGGAGGCAGCUGAGACUGGGCGGGCAGCUGCUCCGGCCAGAGCUCCCAGAGGCCUGUGCCAACAACCUGCCAACCUACCACGUCUACCUGAACAUGCUGUCCUGUGCCUGUAAAGCCAAGGCCUGGGCCGUGUGGCCCCUGCACACCGGGGUGACCCUCAACAUCUCGGGUGCCGCCUACAGCCUGACGGUUGCCUCCGAAGUCGGCUCUGGCCCCAACCGGUCCUGGCACAUUCCUGCCCACGCCCGCACAGACGCAGCUCCCCUGAACAUCAGCGCAGGCCCCAGUCUACAUGAGGUAGGAGUCGCCCAUGGCUCCACCUACUGCGUCACUUGGGAGCCACAGCAUGGAGGUGGCGAGGCCUCCUGCACCCUCUUGGCACCCCUGUAUGGGACUGAGAAUCACAGCUGGAGCCAGGUGCCCGGAGACCUCCUGGAGCAGGAAACCUGCUACCGUGUCACCGUCUUUGCUUCGGCACUACCCGAGAAGCUGACCUCAUGGUGGACAGUCCUGUCAGCCUAUUACUUCGGGGACAAUGCGUCAACAGCGGGGAUCCCGCAGCUUGUGUCUGUCAGCAAUGUCACCUGGGGCUCCGCGUCGCUGUCCUGGGCGCCGUCCCCGCUGGGCACCUGUCCCGGGGCGCUGAAGGGCUAUGUGGUUCGCUACCAGGCAGAGGACUUCGAACCCUGGGCCCCAGGGAAACUGAGGCACAGGGUCCUGAGGGGCGUAAGCAUAGCAGGCGGGCUGGACUUAUUUCUUUUCACAGAGCGCCUCGUGGGGCCUGCGCAGACCCGCGUCAGUCUUGUCGGCCUACAGCCCGGGCGGCCCUAUAGGGUGCAGGUUAGGGGAGACUCGCCGUGGGGACCUGGAGCCUGGAGCCGCCCCGUGACCUUCCAUACAGAGGCCCAGCCGUCCCCCAUGUCCGUCUUCCUAGCCUGGACUGGCAGCUUUGCCUCCGUCUUCCUCCUGGGCGUCCUGGGCUACCUUGGCCUGAGCAGGGCUGCCCGGUGCCUGUGCCCACCCCUGCCCUCGCCCUGUGCCAGCUCAGCCACCCAGAUGCCCGGGAGCCAGUGGAAGCAGGCCUGGCUUUGGGUCAGCCCAGAGGACUUCCUAGAAGAAGCAUCCCUGCAAGAGGCCUUGGCGGUGACCGGCUGCCUGGAGGAAGCGGCAGGGAUGGGUCUGGACAGUCCCGGGCAGGAGCCCCUGGUGGGUGGCUCUGAAACCAGCCUGAACAUGCAGCAACCCCCGGGAUCCUCGAAGGAGGACUCAGGGCGGAGAUCCCAGGGGACUGUCCACUCGGAGAUCAACCUGGUGGUGAGCAGACUUGGCGUUGUCUCCUUUGGGACCCCCCACGGGCUCCAGCGGGACCCCUAA